AUGGCAGCGAGAUUUAAUAAUCGUCUUUCGUCCGGAAAGUUUGGAAAUAUAGAAGCAAAACAACGAAGAAGUGUAGAAAAACGAAUGAAAGGGAUUCAAACUUGGAAAACGCAACUUAUUUCAAGCCAGGAAAAAGAAAAUGAAACUUCUGAAACAGCGAAAAACAUCGCGAUAACAACUCGUUCAAACACGGUAGGCCGCGUUAGUCUGUACGUUCACAUCUGUUGUGUUGACCUAAAUUUUAAACGAAGUUGUUAAUUCAAUUAUUAAAAAUUAGGCAAAACAACAAAGAAAGGAAAAUCUACCUCAGGGCAGCAGAAUUGUCGACAUAAACAUUCUAAGUCAAGGAUUGGAUUGUUGUAAAUUGUGCAAAAAAGGUAAACAGAGGCAACCAUACAGUAUGUUGUCCAAUUUUCGGACAGUAAAGUGUUUUCACACUAUAUUUUGCGAUUUAAGAUGUUUAGCAGGUUCAAAUUUGUACAGAUGACGACCACUUCCCAUUGCUACAUCGUUAAAGUUCUUUAAUUUUUCUGUAAUAUCGAAAACAAGUAUAAGUAUUAUGAAUAAUGGCCUUUUUUGACCUUUACUCAAAGUGUUCACGUUUGCACAAAACAAGAGCAAAAACGUCGAAAAUAUCGAGCAAGAUUCAGGACAUAUCGGGCAUUCAUCUGAACGUAUUGAUUUUUAUUUUUUUGCUAUUCUUCAUAAAAAAAUUUGAGGAUAAAAAUAUUUCGUCCGAACUGGUCCGAAUAGUGGUUCUGUCCGAAAAUUGGACAACAUACUGUAUAAUAUGAAAUAUUUUGUUGUAUUUAUCUUCUGUACAUAAAAAUAUGCGCUGUUUAUUAUUAAAACUACAUACAGCCUAUUAUGUAAAUACGUAAAUAUCUGAAUAAACUACAUAGUUUCUGGUAAAAUAUGUAAAUAAAGUACAUACAGCUUGUUUAAUAGAAAAUUUGUAAGAAUUUGAAAAAUAAAGUUAUACAUUAUUAUUUUUAAGGGCCACUAUCAUUGAGAGACAUUGAAAAUGAAAAACAGUUUGGUCUUGCCAGCCAACUUAGCAUUCAGUGUAAGCAAUGUGGUCAUGUUAAUGAUGUUGAAACAUCACUGGCUCACAAGUCUGCAGUUACAGGUGCUACUGUCUACAAUAUCAACACAAAAGCAGCUUUGGCUGGUCUUCAUACUGGGAUUGGUGAAACUCACAUGAGGGGAAUUUUAUCAGUUAUGAAUAUUCCAGCAAUGAGUCGGUCUUCAUGGAAAACAAGAGAGCGUGAAGCUGGCAAAGCAGUUGAGUCUGUCGCACAACAAUCUUGCAUUGAAACUAUAGAAAAAGAAAAACAACAAGUAAUUAUUAAUGGCAAAACACCAGAUGAAAAUAAUCUGUUACCAAUUUCGUGUUCAUACGACAUGGGAUGGCAAAAAAGGGGGAAAGGCUUUAACUCCAAUACAGGCCAAUCGGCAGCAAUGGGUGUUCAUACAGGAAAAAUUAUGGACUAUGUCACCAAAACCAAAACAUGCAGAACAUGUCAGCAUGCCAAAAAAAAACAAUGUAGCACCUCGAAAGCAUGAUUGUCGCAAGAAUCACAGUGGUUCGUCAAAAGGAAUGGAACCAACAGCAGCAGUUGAACUAUUUAAUAACAUAACAAAGCACAAUGCCAAGUAUGCAACAUACACAGGGGACGAUGAUUCAACCACUGAGAGUUUUUUACAUGCGCAAGUUCCAUAUGGUAUUGAAAAGUUUAGUGAUAUCAUCCACAUAAAACGAUCUUUGACAUCCAGACUUCACAAUCUUACAAGCAUGAAAAAAUUUCCAAACUGUUCCACUUUGUCAACUAAGGUGAUUGAUUACCUUGUGAAAUGCUUCAUGGUAGCAGUCAACCAAAAUAAAGGUGACCCAAAGUCAAUGCAAACAUCUUUAAAGUGUAUUGUGCCGCAUGCCUUUGGAGAUCAUACCAAAUGCAACGAGUCUUGGUGUCGAUGGAAGCAAGACCCCACACUUUACAAGCAUUCUUAUCUUCCUUAUGGAAAAGAUUUGCAUGGAGAAGAACUAAAAAAUGCUCUGAAUGACAUUUUCUGCCAGUAUCAUUCAGAUACCAUGGUGGAAAAGCUUUCACCUAUUAAUAACUCACAAAGGAACGAGUCAUUUAAUAGUACAGUUGGUUCGAAGACACCCAAAAUCCGCUUUUAUGGUGGUAGCGACAGUAAUGAUUUUCGUGUUGCUAGUGCAGUAGCACAAACAAAUGUAGGCUAUGGCUACAUUUCUAAAACAUUGGAAUCUCUUGGUAUUGAUCCUGGAAGGAGAUGUGAAAGCUACGUUUGUGAAAUGGAGAAAAAAAGAGAAAACGACAGCAUUCGAAAACAGUCGUUGAAGUUCAAGAAGAGGAGGAAUGAAAUUCGAACACAGAGAAUUCAUGGGACCUUAUCGAAUGAAAAGAAGGAAGGUACAACAUAUCAGAAAAACAUUGGUCCAACAUUAUCAAAAGAUUGUGGUGUUAGUUGUGAAAAUGAUGAAGCUUUGCAAACUGAUAUACCAGAUGACAAUCUCGGUGCUUAUGAAAAAUUUGUGCUCCCCUACACACCAACACCCGAGUGUUCUCCUGUAGAGAUUAAUGAAGCAGAUUUAUCCUACAAUAUCAUCCUAUUUGACACUGAGACAAAUAAGAUGGGAAAAGAUGCGGAACUAUGUCAAAUAGCAGCAAUAAACCAAGCAGGUGAUCGAUCCUUUUCAGAGUACAUUUUACCAAACAAGAAUAUAGAAAAACAUGCAUCGAAGGUGAACAAUCUUACUAUACGAACUAUAAACGGUCAACGAGCACUCUUCAAGGAAUCUAAUCCAGUUCAAACGCUUACCUGCGAUGAUGCCUUGACCCUUUUUGUCAGUUUCAUUGAAAAAUCUGCGAAAGAAGUCGAGAAAUCAACAUCAAAGAAUGUCUGUUCUGUUCUUGUAGGUCAUAAUGCCAAGCGAUUCGAUGUUCCUGUGUUACUUCGCAACAGCAACAGCAGCAUAAUAACAAAAUUCCAAUCCUUGUCUAUUUGUUUCGCUGACACCCUUACGUUGUUUGAAUACUUGGUAAAAAAUUCAAUUCUGCAAGACCAGAACGGAGGCCCUUGUGCGUUGAAUCAAUCUGCAGUUUACAUGGCUCUAUUCAAUCAACAUUUCAACGCCCACGACGCUCUAGAGGAUGUCAAAGCUUUACGUCGAAUACUUUUUGCAUCACGGCUAAAUCUUUCCUCCAGGGAUCUGUUAAAUCACUGCAAACCCAUAUCUUUUAACGAAGCUUACGACGACAAUCUUUACCUUUGUAAACGACACAAACUAUCCGAAACAUUUGGAAGUCUUUUAUACGACAACAGUUGUGGGAAAUCAACGAUCAGCAAAUGCAUGGUAGAAAAGAUCGCCGGCAGCGGCUUGAGUUAUGCAAACUUGAAAAACAUCUUCGACAAAUUUGGCAGAAAAGGACUUGUUCGA